AUGGAAGCGGGGAAAAUCUUAGCAAUGAGGCAAAAAUCUUUCAACCAUGACCAAUGUUGGGAGGUAGUGAAGAAUUGUUCGAGAUUCAAAAUUAUUCCAACGGGUCCGACCGUUGUGUUGAACGAGACGUCACUCCAUGAUUCAACGGCAUCGGAUUCGCCUUUGAAUUCCCCGAUGAGUCAAGACUCACCAAUCCAAAAGGAGCCGAGGCCUAUUGGGAGAAAGGUGGCGAAGGCCAAGAGAGGGAGUACAUCCAACAAUGAUACUACAAAAUUGCAAGGAACGGCACCAUGA